AUGGUUGCGAGCAUCGUUCAGAUAGAGGCUCGGUUCAACAAGCGCGAAACCCAUCAGUACGAUUGGGUCUUCUUCAACAACGAAGAAUUCACCGAGGAAUUCAAAGAAGCAGUAUCUAAGGCGACUUAUUCCCGGUGCUACUUCGAACGUAUCAACGAAGAACAUUGGGGAAUUCCGGACUUUAUCGACGAGACCCGGUUUGAUGUUGGUCGUCAAUUCAUGGGCAGCAUUGGCGUCGGUAAAGCAUGGCUUCAGAGCUAUCACCAUAUGUGCCGUUGGAACGCUGGUCUCUUUGCAAUGGAGCAGCGUCUGAUUGACUAUGACUGGUUUUGGAGAGUUGAACCUGGAGUCCAAUUUUAUUGUGACAUCAAGUAUGAUGUAUUCCGAUUCAUGCAAGAGAACAACAUGUCAUACGGAUUCAACAUGGCCAUUCUCGAUGACGCUCGAUCUUUCCCUUCCCUCUGGGAGCAUACAAAAGAGUUUAUCGACGAUAACGGGGAGCUGAUACACCCAAACGCCGAUUUCAACUGGUUGCUGCACGACCCCAAGGAUCAUGACGAGACCCUCCGCCCUGCUACUGGUGUUAACUAUGCCUCGAGUGAUGGGGAAUAUAACAACUGCCAGUUUUACUCGAACUUCGAAAUCGGUUCUCUAAGAUUUUUCCGUGGCGAGGAACACCAGGCUUAUUUCAACCAUCUGGACAGAGCUGGCGGAUUCUAUUAUGAACGAUACGGCGACGCCCCUGUCCACACGCUCAGUGUUAACAUGUUCUUGCCCAGAACCCAAAUUUGGUAUUUCCGCGAUAUUGGCUACGCACAUGGACUUUGUGAGCAAUGUCCUCCUCAUGAGAAUCAGCUGUUACUUGGGUCGGAACCGAACAGCCAAGGACCACGAGAUGUUCAGCAGCAGGCUAAUGAGAGCGAGCCGAAAACAGUCGUAAUUGAGACGCUCGUAACUGGUCCAUUUGAGAGCUUUGGCAGCAAGCGUCGACAAUGGGACGAGGUAUCCCGAGAUGUCAAGCGUCAAAUGGGAAUACCAGGCCUUUCGUGUGGCUGCACUACGAGUGCGAUCGACAACAACAAUGCGAAAUUGGUACCGUUUGAAUCGAAGCAGCGCAAGCCUUCGGACCCGUGCAUUCGUAAGUUUCUAGGGGGUAGAUGGCUCGUUAGGAAGAACAAGAUGUCUGAUUUAAAUAGUGACACAGGGAACACUGCAGGCAGUGAUGAUGUUGAGUAUAUUCUGGAUGGUAGAGAGACUAAUCCCAUCCAGUAG